UUGCCAGUCUCCAGCCUGAAGCUUGAAUAAGUUCCACUGUCCAGCACAAGAUGAAAUAUCUUAUGAUAGCCGUGGCUGUGUUUGCAGCUCUCAUGCAAUGCGCCUACUCAGAGGGCAGGUGGAAAAGAAGGACCAAACAGAUAUGCACACCAUCACCAGUGGCAGAUGUGGCAUUCGUGUUGGAUGCAUCAAACAGCAUCCCGAAAAAUAAAUUCAAGCAAGUGUUACGAUUUGUUUCGGAUUUUGUUGACACAGUAGAAAUUGGACCUGAAAAAGUUCAAUUGGGAAUCGUUCACUUCAGUUUAACUGCUCAGACUGACAUGCUUUUUAACAGGUUUCACGAAAAGGAACGUAUGAAAGAAUUUAUCGAUGAGGAUUUAUCUGGAGAGAACGGUAUCAGGCAAGGGAAGCGCACCAACACAUCUGGAGGCCUGUACGUGAUGAGAAAUGAGAUCUUUAACCCUGCCAAUGGCGCUCGCCAAGGCGUCCCAAAGGUUGCCAUUGUCAUUACGGACGGAAAACCAAAUGAAGAUGAAGAAUUCACUAUACCCAAUGCUAAUGCAGCCAAACAAGACAACAUCACCAUUAUGGUUGUAGGAGUGGGACAAAACGCCAAAAGAAAAUGUUAA